CGUAUUGUUUUUAAGUUUGGAACUCCAAGUGUCAACCAGGUUACUUUCACUGAUCUUUGUACUACAAUACGAGUUAGUGUUGAGCGUUUCAGUGAUGCACCAAGUAUAACACCAUUCAGUAAUACUUGCCAAGAGUUGAAGAGUUUAUUAGAGAAAUGUGGCAAUGAGGUAGAUAUUGCCCUAGGAAAUCAUUCUGAUUUGACAAAGAGGAUAAAGAUAUCAAGAAAACUUAACUAUGACUGCACUGCAUGUGAUGGAUAUGAGCCUCAUUACAUUUCUCCUGCUUUGGGUCAGACGGCUAACUUGCCUUUGUGUUGUCAAAAAAGAAAAAAAUAUCGACAACCGACUCCUGAAGAAUCUUAUUGGUUUCCAAAAGAAGAGCAGACAGCUGAAAAUGUACCUGUCACUAUUAGUGAAAAGGAAAUGGCUGCAAUAUCGAAAAGAGUUGGUGACAAAGCUGCUACUCUUGCUGCAUGCCUGGAAAUGCUUCAAAAGUUUAAGGCUCUCCAGCAAAAUCCAGCUCAUAGUUAUGAUCCAAUGCUUCAUUUGCUUUAUGAGUGGAAAAUUGGUGGUGGAUGUAGAGAAGACUUGAUUGAAGCUCUUAAAUGUGCUGAUCUUCAUCAGCUAGCUGAUCAAGUUAAAGUUUCAGACUAUAAACCUGCCAGUGGUAGACUUUCUGUUGUUAACUUUUGCCAGUCAACAAAUGAACAAUGCUCAGAUUUUGACCCUUUUCAAGAGGUCGAAGACAUUCAAACCAAAAAUAAGGAUAGUACCCAUGAAAUUACUGAAGCAGGAGUUAAAGCUACAAGAGAUUCUGGUCAACUUACUGAUUUAUAUACUAACCAAAGGCAUCAAGAAAUUUCUGAAGCUUCUAGAGAUAUAGAAGAAGAUGACUUGUUGCGUUCAUCUAAUUUUUUUGAUGCUGAAAAAAUCAAAAAAUUUGUCGAAAUUUGUGAUGAUGAUUUGGGGUAUCUUCAGUCAGUAAUGGAUAAAUACCAACGUAGUGAUACACAAACAAUUGCAUUUCAAGUUCUUCGUGCUAUGGUAAGAAAGAAUCCUAACAUUACUAAAGAAAGCCUGAAAAGAAAACUUCAUUUAAUGAAAUUUGAAGAAGCUGCUAAUAAUCUGUCAGAGCCUUCUCAGCUUGCUCAGGCUACUCAAACUACUUCUACUGAAGCUACUCCUCAGGAUAGUCAGCCUGCUCAAUCUAACUCAAUCUGCCUUGUACUAUGAAAGCAUUUUUAGUGUGAAAGUAUCUUUAGUGUAAAUUUAAUUAUUGUUAUGAAAGAUGAUGAAGUUUUUACUAUUAAUGUUUAUGCAUUUUUUUUUGAAAAAAUUGUAGUUUUCUUGAAAUAGCACAGUCCAUCACUAACAUUUUCACAGUGGUAAAAAGGACAUUAUAAUGCUAUGGCCAUAUGCAGUAGAAGCAGUGACUACACUAACUAUAUUGCUUGCUAUUUUAUAGCACCAGACACUACUUCUUGCUAUAUACUAAUAAUUGUCACUACAUUAUGUUACCUUAUUGGCAAGCACAACUAGCAAAAUCAGGUCCUUUAGUUCAGGCAAUAGUGGAUAAUUAUUUUAUCUUCAGGUAAUGAAAUCAUGAGAGUUUUGAUGUUGUUUGCUUUAUUUCAGUGCACCAGUGAAGAAAAUGGUCAGUAUAUUGUAGCUGGAGCUGGUGAAUUACAUUUGGAAAUUUGCCUAAAAGAUUUGGAAGAUGGCCACGCUUGCAUUCCCAUCAAAAAAUCUGAUCCUGUAGUUUCCUAUUGUGAAACAGUUACUCAAGGAAGUGAUGUCAUUUGUAUUGCUAAAACUCAAAAUAAACUUAAUUGGAAUUACAUGAAGGCUUCUUCGCUUUCUAGUGACCUUUGAAAGAUAUUGACGAAGAGUUAUCACUCAUACCCAAGAGCUCAUUGACUCAACCAAAGGAUGCAUGGCUUUGAA